GUAUGCUUGGAUGAUGUGAGAAGCAAAGUGCUAAUCCAAGGGCUCUGCCAGGUCGAGCUGGCCACUGCAGUGCGAGCACUAGCACUCGAGCUGCGGGGGAGGUUGGGAGUCUGGGCACCCCAAGCAGCUGAUCAGGUGUUGAUCAGUAUCGAAGACAAGCUGCGGCAGAGCCUUGCAGAGCAG